GUGUGUGUGUGUAUGUGUUGGAUCAGCGUGCGUGCAUGUGUGUGUGUGACGGGCCUAUAUUCGAGGUGCACCCUGUAGUUUAAUGUGGCUCGUGCGCGGUUUUGAGGUUAUUUCGGUACCGCUCUCGUGUAACUGACCUAUCUACACCGCUCGGCGGUAAAAGCUGCGUUUCUUUAUUUCCACUCCGGCGCUCCGAACGACGGGUCGCGUUCCCGAGUGCUCCUCUGUGCUUCUCGCGCGCGACCAAGGUGAAUCAAAGCGGCAGCCGUGCGUUACUCCGGCCUGCCGCGGCAGCAGUGCAACCUAACCUAACUUUGAACAGCGAGGCACCCAGGAUCGCUGCUCGUGAUUCGUGAUGUGCUACAUCGCGUGAACACGUUCUAUCGUUCUUUUGUUAUUCGCGCUCUGUUUCCUCGGAGAGGACUGUUUGUUCCCGUGGGACUGUCUUUGCGCUGCUCGCACGUGAAUAUCUUGCCGAGCGGCGUGAUCUCUUCAUGAUGUUACAACUAUUGUUUGUACUUAACAUUGACAGCCAACUACUGUGACAAAACGUCAGUGCCUGUAAGACUGUGUUCUUGUACGUGCUGACUUUUUUAUCGGAGCAAAAUGUUGUGCAUAAAGAAACUAUAUCGGGAGGAGUUGCUGCAAUUGGCACUGCUGCUCUCCUUGCUGCGUGUGGAUCCAGAGCAUUAUCUGGGCCUAGACAUUCAGACCAUCGGUGUAAGAUCCUUGGAUCUCAACAAUGGAUCUGGAUGGCACACAGACACUACGAUUAUCCAUCGUCCAAUGUAUGUGCACCCAAAAAAUCCAGAUUCCAUGCUUCUAAAUUAUCAGAGGGAUCUGUUUGAGGAACUGAACUCGCUAGGAAGAUACAAUAGAAUGAACUCUGGCUUCAAUGCCAUACACGCUUACCUACUGAAUAUCGAAGAAUCUAAUAGAGAUGCAGCAGUAGCAGGUCCUAGUGAGUCUAUUUCAACGAGUCCAACGAGGAACGUGACAUCUCCAGAUCAACCAAACUCCACACAAAGCCCUGCAGAGCCAGUCAGCACAGCGGAACUUACUCAAGAGGAUAUGGACUUGAUCGAGGUGCUGUGGAAGCAGGAUGUGGAUCUGGGAUUCACGCUGGUGGAGCCGGCGGCGGCACCCACCAAAAAGCCGUCCACGUCGAAGAAGGAAUCGGCGGAUGAGAUCGAGAAGCUGAAAGCCUUGGAAGCUAUUAAUGCCACCAAUCAGAAGGAUGACGCCAAAGAACCGGAGACGCAAGAUGACGACCCAUGGGCAGGACUUCCUUACACCGUAGACCUGGAAACCGGUGAAUACAUUCUCAGCUCCAGCGGUCAAAACGGAAGCGGAAGCAGCAUCGGAGAGGACAGUCCGCUUCUCAACGAAGCAUCGUUGGGUUUGGACAAUCACCCGUUGACUGGCCUGACUGAUGAUUCGCUGGUGCUAAAUGACACUCUGGGACUCGGGCAUGACUUUACCUCGGAGCUUCUCGGAGGUAGUCUCUUAGGAAGCGCCGGCGUAGAGGGUCUCCUCAGCAACGAUACGCUGGGCUUGCCCGACGAAUUUAAUCUCGAGGAGGCGCUCCAGCUCGUCGGCCUCGAUGAGACUCAACCAGAGGCUUGCGAGGAGACGAAACCGGAAGUGAAGAAGAAAAAGAAAGAGGACACCUCCGAGGACUCCGCGAGUGCAAAGGGCAGCGCGGCCAUCUCCGAGUCGAGUAACGCCGAGGUCGCGAAGUCAUCCAGGUGCGAGGAUCCCGAGACCGGCGACAUGAUUCACACACCGCAGUUUCAUCAUCCCCAUCAUCCUCACCACCGCUCCUUCCAGGGUCGUAUGCCGUUCAUGCGAGCGAUGAGCGUGGAACAGCGGUGGCAAGAUCUCGCGUCUCUGUUAUCCCUCCCGGGAGCACCAGAUCAUUUCGCACAUCCGGUGCAUACGGGAUAUCCAGGACACGGUAUAAGUCACAGUCAUUACGAGGCGCAACGUAACGUACUGCUCCACAAUCCUACCUUGGCACCACCGGUCGGGGAUCUCAAUUCGACGGGACCUUAUCACAAUGUCGGUGGGUCGUCGAAUUUGGGUUCAGCAGUGGCAACAUCGAUGAAUCUGACAAACAGCAGUGAACCAAUGGGUGCAGAAAGCGGUGCAACUUACAAGUCUGAGCCUAGCGAUAUGAUGUAUUAUCAUACGCCGGCAGCAGACUCCAUCAACCAGACCACGGACGGAUUUCUCUCGUCCCUACUUAAUGACGAGGAUUUACAUCUGAUGGACAUGGCCAUGAACGACGGCAUGUAUACCAUGCGCAUGCUGGAUAAUGGCAACAACAAUACAUCAGGACCCACCACUGGCGCGACCGCUCUACCGGGUGUGCAAACAGCCGGCGGUACAGCUUCGACGGCUACCGGUGUCACGACUCUACCUGCCGUAGCCGACGAGAGGAUGGACGCUUCGAGCGACAGCGCCGUCAGUAGUAUGGGUAGCGAACGUGUACCGUCCCUCUCGGACGGCGAGUGGAUGGAAACUGGAUCCAAUUCCAGCCAUACCCAGGCUGACUCUCAUUACAGCAUGGAUUAUGCGAGCAAGUAUCGCAUGCCGUACGACUGUAGCUAUUCGGUCUCCGGAAGGAAUGCUGGUUCACCGAGAUGUCAAACGGAACGAACCGUCGCGCCGGUCGCACAGAAGAAACAUCAAAUGUUCGCCAAGCGAUAUUUCCAGGAGCAAGGCACUUGCUCACCUUUGGGCGCUACCGCACAUCCGAUUACUCCGAUGAAAUAUGAAUAUGACACGCAUACGGUUGGCGCGGGUGCGCCAGGCAACGCGUAUUCUGGACCGAUCGAGGGCGCAGCCGGCCCGCAGCCAGAAAUGAAAUAUAGUUGUAGCGUGGACUUUAGCCGUCAUCAAUCUGGGCGAUCUGCAAUAGAACAUGUUCAUCAUAAUCAUACCUAUCACUUGCCUGCCGAGAGUUCGGGAUCCCUUCAACGUCCUAUUUCGCGCGACAAGAAAGUCCGCAAAAGCGAAGCAGAGGAGCAUCUAACGAGAGACGAAAAAAGAGCAAGAGCAUUGAGCGUGCCGAUCGCAGUGAGUGACAUCAUCAACCUUCCCAUGGAUGAGUUUAACGAACGUCUCAGUAAAUACGAUCUUAGCGAGGCCCAAUUAUCCCUAAUACGCGACAUUAGAAGACGCGGCAAGAAUAAGGUCGCCGCGCAGAAUUGUCGCAAACGCAAAUUGGAUCAGAUCCUAAGUCUAGCCGAUGAAGUGAAGGGAAUGCGAGAUCGCAAGAUGUUGCUUAUACGCGAUCGUGAUAGUAUGCGCUUGGAGAUACAGCGAGUGAAGGACAAGUUUAGCCAACUUUAUCGUCACAUUUUCCAGUCUCUACGAGAUCCAGACGGUAAUCAGUACCAUCCGUACGAGUACAGUCUUCAACAGUCCGUGGAUGGCAACAUUCUGCUGGUUCGCAGAAAUCAGACGAACCCUCAUCAAUCUCGGCAAUCUUCGAUGGAGCCGAAGACGAAACCCGAUCCUGAGCACAAGGAAUGAAACUGUCAAAGGAUCGUAUACCAACGUGAUUGGUUAUCAGAGAACUUACGUCAUUCUUGGACGGAGCACGUGCGUCCGAAGCGCAGUGGGAGCGAACACGGUGCCGGGGACACCGGUGUUGGGCGUAUAAUAAAAUACACAUCGAUACAUUUACGAAUACACACUCGGAAUCGUUAUACUACAUUCGCGAAUAUUUGCCCAGGCAGAUCGGUCGGAGGCAAGGAUCGUACGCAUUAACUGACUUCAUCAUGCAUAAUUCUUAUCGAAUAGAACUCAUGACUGGGGACACACUUGACGUAUUUCGCACUGUGUCCGAACAAACAACGAAAAUUCUUUGACGUACGAGUUCACGAAAAUUCACGUACGAGUCGCUGCUACGCAAAUUUCCAGCAACUAAAUUUUUCCAGCAACAUAUUUAGGAAUUUUAGUAGCAACAGAAGGGGUAGGAUUAGCAUUUUUCCUAAUGGUGGUUUUUUUUCUUUCUUUUUUUCCAAAGUGAUACUACAGUUUUCAGUUAUUUGUGGGUCAUUUAUCUCAAUAUACUUUUAUUUCCGAAGAACCAUCUUAUUCUCCGUGUGCGCACUCCCUUUUUGUUUUCAUAAUCAAAGGCUUUUGUAUUACGCAGUUGGAUAACGAUGUUACACUCAUGAUGCAUUUCCUUCGACUCGUCAAUAAAGGAAAUUACGAAUAACCGAGCGCUUGGAAAUUUUUUAUCUUUUAAGUUACACGGAGCGAUGCCAAACAUAUAUUUUGAGUUUUUAUACUGGCCUUACAUAGCGAUAUGUAUUUAUGUGAAAUGGUAAUGGAAUAAAUUUAACCAUUUUCGCGGGCUUUCUUUGUGACCCGGUUGAAACCGGUCACUACUUGUCUGCGAUGUUGAGAGAAAUUUACAACUGUCAACACGCAAAUGACAUUGACGCGGGUAUUAUGUCGUUGAAUGACGCACGAGAACUGUUAUGUCACCGUAAUUGAAGCAAUUCUAAAUUAAUCUCUUAUUCCAAUACUACUCUUCCUGCUUCAUACGUAAAAUACGCUUGUUAACUUCUUGAAGUGCAUGUACGUAAACGUGUAGCUCUGAUAUACGUGCAGUGAUACGCUAUAAAUUUACAAGGCUCAUACUUUCUUUUUCUUCCUUUUUUUUAUAUUUGUGAGAGAGAAAGGUAUUUUCAUGACGUUUCGAUGUAAUUGUUUCUAUCUAUGCAUACGAUAUAUAUAUAUAUAUAUAUAUAUAUAUAUAUAUAUAUAUAGGAAUGCGACGAUUCCAUUGAAACGUACCUAUCCAAUGAUUUCAAUCUAUCGAUUGCGAUUAUUGCUAGAAGUAUACUUAAUUACCAAAAUUAUGACACACUCAUGCCCCGCCCCGAGCCAAAAACUGAGCUGCAGCGGGCGAGAUGCUGAGUAAACACGUCGCACACGUGUCAUCGCGAUAUGGGACAAGCACGGAAAAACACACGCGCAUAUGUACUAUUAAAUAACCUUGUUGCGUUAUGAUCUUAGAGAAUAUGUAUAUCGUUUUUUGAAGCGCUUAAAGUUCCGAGAGCGGUAGCGUCGUGAAUGUAUAAU